AUAAUAUGACAUGAGUUCAAACAUUAUACUUGACUCUUUUUUGAAAUAUACCGUGUAAUCAAAUUUUAGUACAUCCGUUCAAUAUGGACGGGGAUGAUUAUAUAAUUGAUCAACAGUGUAAUUGUAAACUUGUUGUUACAUGUUCCAGUAAAAGAUAAUUCAAUGUAAUAUGAAAUUUGAGGAUGAUUUUGAAGAAGAAAUAUGUGAUGAAGAUAAAUAUGAUGCUCUUAAUGAUGAGACAUUUGGGAAUGAUAUGUCUGAUGAUUGGGAGGCUGAUCAUGAACAAUAUGCAAAAAUUGAUGAAGAAACUAAAAAGCGAUGGCCUGAUGGUUCAGAAAUGAAUGGUGAUUAUACAGAUACAAUCACUUCAGAUAGUAUUUUUAGUGAACCUUUAAAAACUUUACCAGAUUUAGAAAAUGAAUUAAGACAGCUUAGUAUAUUUAGCCAUUAUUAUGAAAAUUCACCCCAUUUACAGUUUCAAAAUCAUUUGAAUUUAGUUCAUCAAAACUUGGAUAUUCAUGUACCUAACAAUAACUGUGGUCCAAUUAGAAGACCUACUCCAAUCCAGGGUUAUAACUCUAAUGCACGGAAUGUGUUUAAUCCACCACCUGGGUUUCAUGAGACAAAUGGUCACAUGGAUGACGAUAUUAUUAAACCACCAUCAAAAAUUAUGUCUUCUGCUAUAAGUGUAGCAGAUCUGGAAAGGCAAUUGAUUCAAUCAGUCAAAGUUAAUCCAUCGAUAUAUCAACAACCACCUCCUGAAAUUAAUAAUCGUCAUAUGUUUAUGCCUAUUCCUCAGUUCUAUAAGACAGAUCAAAAAUAUAAUAAUAUUAUUCCAACUAAAAACCCAUUGUUUCCAAAAAUUAUUCCUCCCAAUUUAGUAAAUUGUAAUAGGAAUCAUAAUGGGAUGGAACAGCAACAUUUUCAACAACGUAGAAUUAAUGACUAUAAUAUAUUUGAAGAACAGCAUGAUGAAGAUGCAGGUUUUAUGACUCUUAGGGAAAAACAUUGGUUGGCUGGAAUUCAAACAAUCCAAUUUAACAAUAGUAAUCCUUUAGAAGAUGACUAUUAUUUUACAAUGUACCAAAAGCGCCAUCAUUGUUCGAGUGGUAUUAAAUCAAGUAGUAAUUCCCAACAGUCAGAUGUUCAAUCUAAAAUUAACAAUGUGUAUACUCCUUUGCAUUUUGAAAAUUCUCUAGGAAAAGUGCAAGUUGGAAGUGUUAGUGCUCCCAGGAAAAUAAUUGAUAUAGAAUUUAAUAAUUUUACUCCAUCUUCAUGUCCAUCAUCCAGUAAUAAACGUAAUAUUGUUAUACAGAAGAAAUCAAAACAAAUACUUUUAGAAAUUGAACAUAUGUAUAUACCUUUAUUGAAAAUAGAACAAACCUAUUAUGCAAUAAGAAAUAAAAUGCAGGCAAUGCCUACUGUUCAACAGUACAUUGAUGAACUAACUGAUAUUUUGAUUAAACAUUUACAUAAUUUAGUUGCAUAUGUUACAAUACGCAAAGGAAAACAAUUGAUACAUCGAAUACUACCUCACCUUAAAAACCCUUCAUUUUUAUGGAACAUAUUUUUUGGACCUUCCAUUUGUGCAAUUAUGUUGAAAGAUAGUGAAGAGCAACUUUUAUUGCUCUUUUUACCUUACAUUAGGCAAUGGAUAUUUUGUUUAUGUCUCGAUGAAAUGAACAAAGUAACUGAGUGUCUUAUGAAAAAUAUUGCAUUUGUGUUAAAAAAUGUUUUUGGAAUAUCGGUAAUAGCAAAUAUGAUUGAAAGAGCUGAAGAAGUACGUCCAAUAACUGAACCAACAGUAUUGAAACAAUGGAGUGUAUUUCUAAGUCGUGUUAUUUCUGUUAGUUCAGAAACAUUAGUAGAAAGACCGGUCAUUGGAUUAGAUAAAAAAAUUAUUGAACAACAUUUGAAUAACUUAUCAUUUGACCAAUCCAUCACUCCAGCUAAAGUUAAUAAUCUUGUACAGAGAUUAAGUUUUUUGGGUGAUACAUCGAAAAAAUAGUUUAAGUAUAUAAUUGAUUUUUUCACUAUUUAAGAAAAAAAUGAAAAUAUAAAUGAUUAACUGUUCUUUGUGUUUUAAUGAAAAAAUAAUGAUGACUAUUUUAUAAUGCUUUAACUUUAAUUAUCAAGAAACUUGUUAAAAAAUUAUGGUUAACUUCUUGUACUUCUCCAAUAAUUUUCAAUUGUGGUUUUAUUUGUUCAAUAUUAUUAUUUUUUUUUGUAUAUAAACAUUUUUUGAAUUUGAUUUUAAUUACUGAUAUAAUGAAAUUGUGUUAUAUUGCAUUGAAAAUCCAAGGUUAUUUUUUAGUUUGUAUUAAUUUUAUAUGUGACAUUAUGGUUUAUUAUUUUAUUAUAAAUUCUCAUCUUGUAUUUUUGAUCCAUAAUAGAAAUAUCUUAUUGAACUAGGAUGUGAAAUUA